CGCGGCGGGCACGGUCCGGCCGUCAUUAAAUGGCUCGGCCGGCGACACUAUCAAACAGCGUUCCCGGACGGAGUUAUGGCGACCUGCGUGCAGCUCAACACCGGGGCCAAGAUGCCUGUCAUGGGACUGGGCACAUGGAAGUCUGCAGCUGGGCAAGUAAAAGCUGCAGUGAUGGCUGCCAUCGAUACCGGGUACCGCCACUUUGACUGUGCCUACGUGUACCAAAAUGAGAGUGAAAUUGGGGAAGGGAUCCAGCAGAAAAUCAAGGAAGGUGUUGUGAAACGAGAAGACCUCUUCAUCGUCAGUAAGCUGUGGUGCACAUUUCACGAGAAGCCUCUGGUGAAGGGAGCCUGCCAGAAGACUCUUGCCAACCUGAAACUGGAUUACCUGGAUCUCUACCUCAUCCACUGGCCUACUGGGUUCAAGGAAGGAGAGGAGCUGUUCCCCACAGAUGACAAAGGCAUGUCUAUACCCAGCAACACAGAUUUUCUAGAUACAUGGGAGGCCAUGGAAGAGCUGGUGGACUGUGGUCUGGUAAAAGCCAUUGGAUUCUCCAACUUUAACCAUGAGCAGAUUGAAAGAAUCCUGAACAAGCCAGGACUGAAGCACAAGCCUGCAAAUGUCCAGAUCGAAUGUAAUCCAUACCUUACCCAGGAGAAGCUGAUAAACUACUGUCAAUCCAAAGGGAUUGCUGUGACAGCAUACAGUCCCCUUGGCUCUCCUGACAGACCAUGGGCUAAGCCAGAGGAUCCUUCCCUUCUGGAUGACCCUAAGAUCAAAGAAAUUGCAGCCAAGCACAAGAAAUCCACAGCACAGGUUCUCCUUCGCUUCCAGAUCCAGAGAAAUGUGAUUGUGAUUCCCAAGUCUGUCACCCCGCAGCGCAUUGUGGAGAACUUCAAGGUGUUUGACUUCAAAUUGACUAAAGAGGAGAUGGCAACUAUUUUCAGCUUUAACAGAAACUGGAGAGUCUAUACAAUGAGCACGCCACUGGGUCUCUGGUAAAGACUACCUCCACAAGAACAUGCCCACUUCCAUUAUUUUGGGUCCUGUUCUCAGAUUCCAAAUACUGCUGGUCUCCAAAGUCACAAAUUGUGGUGAAAUUACUGUAACUAAAUGCAAAGUCAGAAAAACAAGCUGAAAACUCAUGACACUACACAUCCUGUUUCAGUGCAAAACCUCACACAUGUAUAAACAAAAACAAAGAAAAAAACCAAAAAAAACCCGCAAACAAAAAACA